AUGUCUGUUUCCCGUGAACUUGGUAAAACGGGCGUUAAGAUUCCAGUUAUUGGACUUGGAUGUAUGGGAAUGAGUGAAUUUUAUGGAUCAACCGAUGAAGAGGAAAAUUUAAAAGUAUUAAAUCGUGCGAUUGAUAUAAAAUGCACCUUUUGGGAUACCGCAGACAUGUAUGGACCUGGAAAAAAUGAGAUAUUACUUUCAAAGGUUCUUAAAGAUCGACGUAAUGAAGUUUUUCUUUGCACAAAAUUUGGUAAUGUUCGCGGAGAAAACGGAGAAUUUUUAGGAGUUAAGGGGACGCCAGAAUAUGUUCACGAAGCAUGUGAAAAAAGUUUACAAAGAUUAGAUGUUGAUUGUAUUGAUCUCUAUUAUCAACAUCGUGUCGACAAGAACGUACCAAUUGAAGAUACAGUUAGAGCUAUGGCUGAACUAGUUAAACAGGGCAAAGUUAAAUAUUUAGGACUUUCCGAAUGCUCAGCUAAUACGCUUCGCCGCGCUUAUAAGAUUCAUCCAAUCGCUGCUGUUCAGAUUGAAUAUAGUCCAUGGUCUCUUGACAUCGAAACAAAUGGACUUAAAGAAGUUUGUGAAGAACUUGGUGUUACAAUUGUCGCGUAUAGUCCAUUAGGACGUGGUUUUUUAUCGGGAAAAUAUAAAUCCGAAGAAGAUUUUGAGCCUGACGACUUUCGUAGAACACAACCCCGUUUUACAGGAGAAAAUUUUGUAAAAAAUUUAGAACUUGUAAAAGAAAUUGAAAAGUUGGCCAAAAAGAAAGGUGUUACUUCUAGUCAACUUUGUUUGUCAUGGGUUUUAGCUCAGGGUGAAAACAUUGUUGCAAUUCCCGGUACUAAAAAAAUUAAAUACUUGGAAGAAAAUUUUCAAGCCGCUAAUAUUAAUUUAACCUCUGAGGAGUUGGCUGAAAUUCGAAAAAUUAUUAAUUCUAUUGGAGUAGCCGGAGGUCGAUAUAGUGAAGCAGCAACAAAGGUAAAGUAUAUUUUGGAAAACACACAUUCCGGAUAUUCCACUUUACACAGCAGGUAUUGA